AUGGCGGACUCGGUCGAUCGAGUCUUUGGCCAUGCCCUCAACACGGUGAACAAGAUCCGGCCCGGCUCACAGAAGCCUCCCUCCACCGAUCGACUCGCACUAUAUGGCCUGUACAAGCAGAGCAUGGAGGGCGAUGUGGCUCUCAUCGCCUCGCGACCGACCUCGCAGCCGAAUAUCUCCGCCGACACGUUGAAAAAGGAGCAGGAGAAAUGGGAUGCAUGGAAGGCGAAUGAGGGUGUCAGCAGGACCGAGGCCAAGCGAAGAUAUAUCGAAAAACUCAUCGWCACCAUGCACAAAUACGCAUCCACCACCCCGGAAGCCAGGAUCCUGGUGGAGGAGCUGGAGUUUGUGUGGGAUCAGAUCCGUAACAAUUCCAAUCAUUCGAGUUCCGACAACUCUUCUCCCUUGCAGGCGCUCGAGCGGAGGGAUUAUAUGCAUCACUCGAGCAGCUCGGGGAAUAAUGGUGGAGGAGUUGGCUCCUCGACGGCGGCGUUGGAAGGGAGAAGUAAGGGUUUACGAGUGCUUGCACCGGUGAGUCAAGCCGAUGAGGAUGAGAUUAUGGAGGAGGAACGGGAGGAGUUUGUGGAUGCGCCCGUGAGCCAGAUGGAUGAGGGWGAUUUACACGAUCCCUCCGAACCGGGCGACGAUGGUGCUUCAAAUGGCCGGUUCGUGGCAUCGCAGCGGCAAACGCCUUCCGUCUCCGACAAUCGAUGGCGAAGGCGAAUCGAGUCCUCUUUGAUCCGAUUGACCACGGAAAUUGCUGCUCUGAGGGAGCAACUCGAGUCACGGAGAUACUUGUCCUACCAACGCAAAAACAGCUGGCUCGGGUGGAUCUUACGUCUUGGUGGAUGGGCUGUUCAGUUGGUCGUGGCAGAUGCUGUCAUUCUAUGGCUGGUCAUAUUGUUCAUGCGGAGGAGGGAAGACCGUAGGCUGGAAGGCGCCGUGAGGGUUUUGCUUGGUGAUGCCGUCGCUCAGAUGCAGAGUCUGGGGAGGAAUGUCAAGACACCUGCGUUGCUGAGGAAGAAGGAGUGA